AUGGAUUCUAAGAUUAAAACUGUUAUAUUCGAAACCACUUUGCGCAAACCAUCUCCAGGAUCUCUAAGAGUGCCUAAACUGACUCGUAGCUCUGAACCUAAUUCUCCUUCACCCACUCAACGUUCACGCCUUUCUCUUGACCGCUCUUCUGCUAACUCAGAGACUUCUUCUGAAAGGAGGUCUCGUAAAGUUCCAACCCCACCAGAAAAAACUCCUACACGGUCUGUGACUGGAUCAUCAUCGAUCCAACUUAAAGAAGAUCUAAAGAAAGCAAAAGAGCUGAUAGCAUCACUUGAGAAUGAUAAAGCUUUAGCACUUGAGGAACUUGAACAAGUGCGGAAAGAGGCAUUCAAGAAACUGUAUGAGUCUUUAGCAGCUCAGAAGAUGGCAGAGGAGAAUUUCGAGAUUGAAAAAUUCAAGGCCGUUGAAGCAGGAGUAGAGGCUUUUCAUAGAAAAGAAGAAGAACUAAAGAAAGAACUUGAGAUUGUCAAGAACCAACAUGCUUCAGACUCAGCUGUUCUUCUUUUAGUAACCAGGGAGCUGGAGAAAGUAACUCAAGCAUUGGCUGCAGCCAACGAUGAUAAGAACAUGCUUUUGAGUCAAGCAGAGAAUGCUAGCAAGUCUCUUGCUAUUCGUCAAGAGAAAGUGGACAUCUUAUCAUCAAAUUUGAUAAAGUUGAAGACUAUGAUUAGUAAAACCCGAGAGAAAGAAACCAUCUCCAACAACGAGAUUGCUGCUUUGAAAAGCGAGCUUGAGAAGGCGAGAUGUUUUGAAGCAAAGGUUAAAGAACGUGGGAGGAUCAUUGAGAAGCUUAAUGGUGAGGUAGAAGAUUUGAUGAUGGCUAAGUCUUAUGCAAACGGCUCUGCUGACCAGUGGUGUAAAAAAUCCAUGGAGUUGGAGGAAGAGUUAGAAGGAAGCAAAGAAGAGGUAGAGAAACUCAAGACUGAGCUUGAAACUGUGAAUGAGAGAGAACAAGAUGCAUCUUCAAGUCUUCAGAUUCUUCUAGAAGAGAAUAGUGAGAUCUUUUCAGAGAUGGAGAGGUUGAAAGAGGAAGAGGAGAAGAGUAAGAAAGCUAUGGAGAGUUUAGCUUCAUCGCUGCAUGAAGUGUCUAGUGAAGCACGUGAGAUGAAAGAAAAGUUGUUGAGUUUAGGUAGUGAGGAUUACGAGACACAUGUAGAAAGUCUGAAGCUGGUCAUCAAAGGAACAAACGAGAAGCACGAAAAGAUUCUUCACGAGAUGGAACAAAACAAGAAACAGUUUGAGAGGUCAAAGGUGGAUUGGGAGAUAAGAGAGGCUGGUUUGGUGACUUACGUGAAGAAAUUUGAUGAAGAGGUUUAUUCAAUGGUGAAGGAGAUGAAUAGGUUGCGUAAUUUGGUUGAGAAGACAAAGGAAGAAGCUGAUGAGGCGUUGAAGAAAGAAGCUGAGAUGAGAGAUGAUCUUAAAGAAGUGGAAGAUGAGGUGAGUUAUCUUCAGGAAACUCUUAGAGAAGUGAGAGGUGAAAGCUUGAAACUAAGUGCCAAAAUGUUGGAUAAAGAAACUGAGUUUCAAAGCGUUAUUCAUGAGAAUGAUUUACUAAGAGGUAAAGAGAAUGAUUCUUUGAAGAAGAUCAAUGAGUUAUCGAAGUUGCUUGAGGAAGCAUUGGUCAAAAAAGAUGCAGAAGAAGAUGAAUGUGAGAGCGAACAAGACUAUGAUUUGCUUCCAAAGGUGGUUGAGUUUUCUGAGGUGAAUGGUGCUAAAGAAGAUUCUUCAGAUGGUAAUGAUGAUGAUGAUGAUGAUACAGUUGAAGUUGAAUAUAGUAUGUUGGAAAGUUAUCAUCUCGAGAAGAAAGAAACAUCUCUUUGA